AUGGCCGAGUCCGCCGCCGUCGCGCCCGCGCCCGCGCAACAUGAGACGCGUCCUUCCAACGUCAAGAAACCCCGGGCACCCCGCAAGUCGGAACGUAUACAAACCGCCCUGCGAUCCUAUAAGGUCUUGAAGGACUUGACUCCCGAGCAAAUGCAAAACUUCAUGGAUUCCUAUCAGAUCUAUUCGCUGGAUUGGGCGGAUGAAAAAACAAUGAUUGCAACGCUGGGGUUCGACUACAAGCAGAAGGUCGGACAGAAGCUGGCAGACUACUACUGCGUUCUCAACCACCUCUGCGCGUUGGGAGAACUCGAGAAGAUGUACAUCCCGCCAUACCUGUGCGACAAGAACAUCAUCACAAACCAAUGGAUGUAUGAGGAAUCCGUUUGCAAGGAACUGACACUACCACCCAAAGCACGUGUCCUCGAGCUAGGCUGUGGCCGAGGACGAGUCGCCGCGCACGUCUCCCAGACGACUUCUGCUCAAAUCACAGGCUUGAACAUUGAUCAAGAUCAGCUCGCUAGCGCUCGUGAAUGGAACAAGCGCCAAGGCCUCAACAACGAGUUCAUUCACGCCGAUUUCAACGAACUGCCGCUGCCUCUGGAGUCGGAAUCCUAUGAUGCCUUUUAUCAAAUACAAGCCUUUAGUCUCGCCAAGGACCACGAGGCACUCUGCAAGGAGUUAUACCGACUGUUGAAACCUGGCGCCCGGCUGUCUCUUCUCGACUGGGUGAGUCUCGAGGCCUAUGAUCCUAAGAACGAGCACCACCAAGAGCUAUUCCGCAAGAUCAAACCUCUGAUCGGCGCCGUGGGUACACCCACUCCUGCAAGUCUUGAGAGUGCACUAUCCAAAGCCGGCUUCCGAGUUUUGCAAUCCAACAAUGCCAAUGUCGGGGGGAUUCAGGCGCCGCUGAUUGAGCAAGCUGACGGCUACUUCCGUAUGGCCCGCAAGGCUAUCCUGGGUGGUGUUCGAGUGGGGGUAUUUCCCCCUCAUUUCAAGACGCUGUUCAACCGCCUCACACAAGAUUGCGAUGCCUUUAUCGAGGCGGAUCGCGCAGGACUCUGCACCACGACGUGGCACUGGUUGGCUGAGAAGCCUCUGACCACCCGCGCUUGGAGGGAGGUGGGCAUAUUGGACUCUCGAGACUUGUAUUGA